GAGCGUUUUGUGUGGAUAACUUGACAUUAAAAUAAUAGGAUAGUGGCGGUGGGGGUGGUGUAUAUCUCUCAUAGAAACAUGGACGCGGCCUCGUACAAGACCCCGUACUCUUCGGGUGGCGGGAGAUGCGCCAGUGACGAAGAUGAUGACGACGAAUAUUUUGCUGCUUGGUGGCGUUGUAUGUGAUGAUGUUGCGGAUCACGUCGAGGCUGUUCCUGCGACGAUGUGUGUCGGUGGUUCCUCGGAUCCGCGGAAUCAAAGGAUGCAUGAGACUUCUGGGCAGGUGCAGACGACGAAGGUGACGAUGCUGGCAGACGACGGCGGUGAAGUGGAGGUUGGUUGUGCUCCUGGUGCAAAGGUCGAUGCGAAUACGAGUGUGGGAGGUCGUGCUGCCACGAGGGUCUACAUGGAGGUUGUGACGCCGUGGUGGAUGGGGUGGUGGUCUCUAUUCGGCUUGCAUGUGGCAGAGCUGAGCUGUACGAAGGGAGAGAUGAAAACGGAGAAAAGCACAAGUUCGACGGUGGGGACACCGGCAUCGGGGGAAGCGGUGGCAGUGUCGACGUGUGACGCGAUGGCUGCUCGUUACUGUACGACAUGCAUGGCGGGGUGUCUGGGAUCGCGAUGAAUCGUUGCAAGGGUUUGGACGAAGGAGAAGGGACUUGGAUGCGUAAUGGGAUGGCCUCUGGCAGGAUCGAAGAAGACUCAUGGGAAGGUGUGUCGGGGUCCAUCAAGCACAUGAGGGUGUCCAAGUCUUGUGAGUUCAAAUGGAGCAUGGGGUCGAGGGAGAAUGGUGGCUCGUCGCCUCUCAAGCCACCCCCUUCGCCGUUGAGGAACUUGUCCAUGGAGUCUUCGUCGCCCGAGCCUCCGUUGCCACCGUUCGCGCCGUCGUCGUCGUGACCGUAAUGUCGCGUGAUCUUCGCCAACAGGUCUUUUCGAUUCUGUCGAAAGCACGGAUGUGUGAACGUGUACAUGUGGGAUCGGAACUUGGUGUUCUUCUUGAACCCAAAGUAGUUGAGUUGUCGCUGGAAGCUCGUAAACUUGCUGUGUUUGAAGUACUUUGGGAGGAUGCGGUUCUCGAGAGUGUGCCGGUCAAGCACUUGCACGGACGACCCGUCCAGCGUCCAAGAGAUGAUCUGCGUGUCCUCCGUCUCCAGCAUCUCAAACAGUGACCUGAGGAACUUGGGCACACCGACAUCGCGCUUCUUCGACCGAGGUCCUGCUCCUGUCGGUGGACUUAUCAUGGUUUCCGC